UGAAGAUCUCCAUCUCUCGAUCGUUACGGAGUGUCAAUCUUUCUCAUUGUCCUCUCUCUCUCACUCACCGUACUCGCUGGACAAGGCAUGCGUUGGUGACGCUUCGGCGGAGCGACACGAAUAAACACAAACCUAUCUACCUAUAUCUACCUGUACGACAAUCAGAUACGUGUGGGUGGUUACCGAAUAACCUUCCGCAACGAUGGUAGCGUGGCUCGUCCUGCUUACGCUUUCGUCACUGGAACUCGUAAACGGAUGGAUCCACCAAUGCACAGUAAUGUCGCUGUACAUUCGUCGACCCACGGUUAGCGCAUCGCUCGCGUUCUCCCACGUCACCACGCAUCUGGACGAACACGACCACGAAUUCGGUGCGAAUCGAACUCUCGAAACGUCCACAGGGACAACCCGCUACGAUCUCGGUAUUGGCAAGAACGCACCACUCGGAUCGGCCUCCAAUACGACGAUUCCUGCUAUGCUUGCCGGACCAUCGGAUCCAAACGUCCCCACCCCAGUUGCCACCGAGUCGACUCAAUCCGUGCCUUUUUCGGCGGCUUCACGGGGUGAAAACUGGGUGGCACUCGAUCCGGUGCACAAGCCGUCCACUCCAGCAUCGCGGACCCGCCAUUCGCCCCAUCCCGUAUCCGAACAAACGGCAAAGCCUGUGAACGGUCUAUCCAGUACCCAAAAACCCGCACCCACCACGUCUCGGCGCAUGGUGGCACGUGACAACCGAUCGGCCAAGUUGCGUGCAGCCCUGUGGGACGAAGGACACUACCAAAAGCACGAGUCGCCAUUGCUGCCCUCGCACCCACACGACCCCACCACUAGCACUGCUGUUGCUGACACUACCAAACAAUCAUCCUCCACCGUUCCGAACGUCCACGAGAUCGUCCAACGCUCAACCACCAUUACGGCGGAUGGACCAUCCCCGCCAACGGCCUUUUAUCCCGACAUUGAUCUUUCCAUUCCCGAUUCCGUAUACGCUGACGACGGAUCGGUGGAUCUAGUAUGGGAUCUCUUGCGCUGGGAUGCCUACCAAGAAGCCCAGCGCGAGCCACUAUUGGUCUCCUUUUUGUAUUCCACUAUUCUCAACCAUCCAUCACUGGAAAGCUCCUUGUCUUUCCUUUUGGCCAACCGCCUCCAAAGCCCCGCCAUGAUGAUUUCCACACAGCUCCAGUCUCUCAUCUACGCUUCCCUCCAACGCUGUCCCAUCUUUCGAAGGGCUCUCCGGGCGGAUCUCAUGGCCGUCCGAGAUCGUGAUCCCGCCGUACAAUCGCUACCCGACGUGUUUUUGUACUUUAAAGGAUUCCACGCGCUCGAAUCACACCGCGUCGCGCAUACUCUUUGGAAAAAGCAAAAUAAACGCGUGCUGGCGCAAUACCUGCAGUCCCAAGUCUCCCAAACCUUCCAAAUCGACAUUCAUCCGAACGCAACCUUUGGUAUGGGAAUUAUGCUGGACCACGGGACGGGAAUUGUCGUUGGGGAAACCGCGGCGGUCGGACACAACUGCUCUAUUCUGCAUCACGUUACCUUGGGGGGAUCCGGUAAAAAAGGAGUGGAUCGACACCCCCGGGUCGGUAACGGUGUCUUGCUUGGAGCCGGGGCCACUGUACUAGGUCCCGUCCACAUUGGCGACGGCUCUCAGGUCGGUGCAGGCACUCUGGUCAUUUCUGAUUUGCCCUCCCAUUGCGUCGCCGUCGGUGUUCCGGCACGCAUCAUUGGCAGCUUUAUUGACGUUACGGAACAGCCUUCGAUCGGUAUGAAUCAAAUUAUGGACGAAAACCGAAAGAUUGUUGCGACGUUUGAAUCGGACGGGAUAUGACUUUGAACGGUUGACGGUGAAUCCACGAUGGUUGUAACGAGAAAUCAAUGCUCAUUGUAGUUUUUGGAUAUGAAUAGUCGUGCAGUGUUUCUACCAUUU